UUUUUUUUUUUAAAAAAAAAAGAGAAAAAAAUCGCGAGAGGAAGGAAACUGGAAAAGGACUAGAAAGUAAAAACAGGAAAAGUUUGGAGUUCUUGGCAUAAAAUCGUACGAAGGUGUAGGUGUAUAUUUGUGGGGGAGGAGAGAGUGGAGAGAAGAGUGGACGAGGGUAAUUUGGUAAUUUCGGUUCCGGGGGCUGGUGGAUAAAAUGGACAAGGAAAGGUCGAGAGAUGUGCUGCUUCGGGGAAGAAGCUCGCCCGCAAAGCGACAGCAGAUGAUGCGCGGCUCCUCCACCUCCCCUCCUGUUGGAGGGUCUGAGGGAGAGGAAGGUGAGCCUUUUAAUCCACUGCCUACGACCACUUGCAUCAGUAGUCUUACUAGUAGGAAGAGAUUGAGACUCCAUGGAAAGGUCAUAGAGGAAUGUGAUGCUGUUGAUCCUGCACUAGUACCCAGGAAAUUAAGAUCAGCUAUGAACAAACGCGGCAACCAAUCAGCAUCCCCACCAUUGUUGGAUGUAGAAAAGAAACAGCAUCUUCCCUUUGAUGCUAUGGGAAAUUCCAAGCAAAAAAACACGCCGCCUGAUUCUCUAACUAAAGAUGAGGAAGAAGUUGCCGAGGCUUUGUAUGCCUUGGCGUCAACAGUCCCUACGACUUCACUACUCACUGAUCGCCUGGAGAGGACGAAGUUAGAAGAUAAGUCGCUUCCAAAUGUCGCAUCCACUUCUUAUUCGGAAGUUCCUUCAAAAGAUGGCAAAAAUUUUUCACCAGCUUGCACUACUAAUGGAGUGACUAAUCUCUCUACUAAUCUCGGGGAGUCUAAAGUUGAAUCUAAGAAAGUUGAUCCUCCCAUAAUGGAUCAGCCUCUCAUUACAUCCCAGAGCCCACUAAAAGUAGAACAAAGGUCAACAACAGCUACUCAUUGUGUUAAUCCUGGAGCUCCCCAUCUAUCGAGAGGUGAAGUGAGAGAGAAUCUAUCUUCAGGGAAUGCUAUGAGUUUCCCAAGCUCUUUGGGUGUUUCGGUUCAAUGUUAUUCUGGAAAUCGAUCACUGCAACAAACAAAAUCUGAUAUUCCACUUCUACCACCACCCAAGACAGAUGGCAACCACUGGCUGUUUGGAUCUGCUGUGUCUGAUAUGAAGGUGAAUAAAGAGCGACUAGCUAAGAAGAGCACUGAAAAAGAAGCUGCACCUUCCGUCCAGCAUCGCUUGUCUAAUACCAAUCAUGGGCAUAUGGCAGUGCCUUCUUCAUAUAUUGGAGCAGUAUUUCCAGAUACUUCAAUUGGUGUUGCUAGACCUAGUCCAACUGGAAAUCACGAUAAGCUUCCCAUAUCUAAUUUUGGCCAUAAGAAGUCAUGGAAGAACUGUGCAACCCAUGUCUACAUAGGUCAUCUCAUUGAAGUGUAUCAAAACAAGGAGAAAAUGCAGGCAUCAUCAGCUACUCCCCUCGAUCGGUCAAAGCCUGGCGUGGGAUCAAAACCGAGAGAUGGGUUACAAAAUGGUUUUAAUUUUGUUUCGCCUCCAAAACCGAGAGAUGGGUUACAAAAUGGUUUUAAUUUUGUGUCACCUCCUGCGAAAAACAUCACUUUUGUCGAUAGGAAUGUGCACGAGGUCAAAAUGCAUGCGUCGCAUAAUGGAAGGCUUCUGCCCAUUCAUCAUCAGCGUCCCGACAUACAUGAAACUCAUUCGCAGCCAAGGAUGGGUUACGAUCUCCUCUCCUUGUCGGCUGGCCAUGAAGCUCAUAUUUCUGGGAAUGGGAUGAGGACAUCGGGACAGCUCCAUGCUCCUUUCCUUCAACCCCACGUUCCACCGCAACAUUCUGCUAUGCCCUUUCCUUUCUCGCACAUCCCUUAUACUCAGCCUUAUCCUGAGAAUCUAGUUUCACCAGCCAAUCAACAGAUUCAGUUGCAGUUACCCCAUUAUGUUGGCAACCCUUUCUACGUGUCAUACGGGAACAUUCCGGGAAGCUCCCCAAAGUUGCAACAGCAACAGCAGCAGCAGCAGCAACAGCAGAAGCACUUUUCACCUGUCCAUAUGGCUCAAUACAGGCCGCCGUGGUCCAACGGGAAGUUGCACGACUCUUCUUCUUUAGCUCCGAUUCAACUCCGGCUUCGUCCAUGACCUCUCGCAACAACAGAGAUGGGUCUCAAUGGUCCCGCCGCUUAGAUUUACUGAAGAUUACUAAAUUUUAAUUGGCCAAGAAAUAGAGAAAUGAGAAUAGCUGCUAGAUUAAAGGCCGCGACAAGUUACGUUGUGCGGCCGAGCACAGUUGCAUAUUCUAGUGUUAUGUACCAUCUGUAACAGUGGAAUCCAUUGUCAGGGAGGAGAAACAGAUGGACACAUACAUUGGAAUGUAAUUUAUUGAAAGAAUUUACUUUUUAGGCUUUUAAACUCUACAAUAAGAGGGAAAUUUGAGAGGAUAUUUAGAACCCAAUGGUAAGGAGGAAAAAAAAAAAGAUGCAAGGGAAAUGUUUUACAUGAAAUUGGUAUCUUUGAUUGUAAUUAUGUAAAUGAUUCCGAAAUUUUUUUUUUUCUGCUUUACUGGUGAUUUUGAAGUA